AUGGAAAACGACGUUUGGUCUAGCGUUUUGGAUACAUUGACCGAGUCCCAACUUAAUCGUUUAGAAAAUGAAGCCUUCUUACAGUGUGCUAUUCGUGGUAAGUUGAUCUAUUCGGUGAAACGAGCGUUGAUUUAUUUAUUUUUUUUUUUUUUUUUUCCUUUACUCGUUUAAUGCCGCAAAAUUCACUUAUUGUAACACUUUUUCUUUAUUCCAAAGAUGAUCCUUUUGAGGAUUUGACUCAAAGCGAAUGGGAAAGGCUAGAUAACGCCACGACUGAAGCAUAUAACACCACCCUCGGGAAUGAAGGAAUUCAACAAACUGGUAAGUGUUUUGCAGCUGAUGUUACGUGAGUUGUUUUAGGGGUUUUUUUUGGGUUUUUUUUAGGAUCUGUUGCUGUAAUAUAGUGUUGUGAUCGAUAUGUGAACCGGUUCCUUUUUUUCUCGUUUACGCAGGAUACCGUUGUGACCUUUGCGAUAAAGUUUACCGACACAGACCAAAUCUUGCAAGGCAUAAGCGCCAAGGACACGGAUCGCCAUCCGAAUCAGGAUGCGGCGAGAAAAGAGGAAACGGUAAGUUAUACUAUCCAUUUCGCUGAGUAGCGAGAUAAAACGAAAAAAGGUGACGGCAAUUAAUUUUUUUUUUUUAUUCUCUCUUUUUGUAGACGAACCAUCUGCCUCAAAUAAGCGCUUACGACCAAUAGACCAAACAGGGGCUGGUUCAUCAAGAGAGUCAACCCCUCCGCAAUCAGAACGGCAAAAGGAAUUACAAGUUGAAGAACCCGCCGAAGAGCAAGACCGCGAGCCAGACGUACAAGAAAUCCAACAGCUGGCAGAAGAGCAAGACAGCGAACCAGACGUACAAGAAAUCCGGGAUCAACAGCUGGCAGAAUUGCUCCACCAACAUCGACAAGUCAUAGAAGCUGAGGAUCUUUUCCACAGAAGGCAAGAUAUAUACAAUAUUAGACUGCAUGAUGGUUUUACUGUUGAUAAUUUGCUUGCAGAGUUAAGAAACAUUUACAAUAGACAACGUAGUGCGUUUAAGGUUAACUUAAACUUUAGUUUUGUUUUGCGAAAUGUGGAGACGGGGGAGUUAAGAUUUUUUUACGCCUCCAAUAAUACUAACCUUUUGAGUAUACCAAUGUUAGUGCACAACGAACGCACAUUUAGGGAUGUUAUAGAAGUAAUACGAACUCUAGAUGUGCUAGAAUGGGUUAGAAACCAGCGUCCCAAUAGCAAAUGGGGUUUUAUUGUUUAAUACAAGCGAGGGUCACGUUGACUAGACUUAACGUUCCCAUUGGGGCAUCAGUUGAGUUGCCUUGUUAUAUUGCGAGAAACCAGGCUAUAGUAAGUUUAACUAAUAGCAGACAUACGGGCGAACCUUAUCGCGAUAAUCUCUGUUUGUUUCGAUGCCUUGCUUUACAGGCGGGGGAGGGCGAAAGCAGCUUAGAGCGUGCGGCAAAGGCCUAUUUCGAGCGUUAUAUUGUAGAAACCAGCCAGGCUCGUGAGGAUUUUUGUGGGGUUGAUCUGACUGAACUGAUUCUGGUCGAGGAACUGUUUUCUGUGUCCAUUUACGUUUACUCGCUUGACGAACAUAAUCAAGCAGUUUGUAUUCGGCGUUCUGUAAAACAAUUUCCUAGCAUGUAUAUCAAUUUAUACGAAAAUCAUUUUAGUUUUAUCAAAGAUUUUCAGUCCUACAGCGAUUGUUUUGUAUGCAAAAAAUGUGAUAAAAUUUUUUCAAAGCCUUACGCAUUGUCUCGCCACGAACAAACGUGUACAACCAACGUCAGGCACAAAUUCCCCGGUAGGGUUUUCCAAAUUCCUAAAACUGUAUUUCAAGAACUCGAAGAUAUGGGGUUGCAAUUUGACCCUGCCGAUAAAUUUUUUCCCUAUUUUGCCACAUGGGAUAUCGAAAGCUUUCAACAUGAUGUGCGGUCUACAUCGGGCACAGCCCCACUUCAAUGGACAGCUGAACAUGUACCAGCGUCUAUAUCUGUCGCCAGUAACGUGCCUGGUCACGAAAAUGCAUUUUGUUUUGUGACCGAUGGGGAUUCAGAGCAGCUUGUGAGCGACUUUGUUGAGUACCUUUUCGAAAUAAGUGACAUGAGCUAUCGACUGUUGAGUGAAAAAUUUGAAAGUGUCUUUUCCGAUUUGGAUGUAAUGAUUUCUAACUUGCCACAAGAGGACGAAACAGGGAAAGCACAACUCGUAAAAUUAAAGAGAAAAUUAGAUCGUUUUUUGCGAGAAAUGCCCGUACUAGGUUUUAAUUGUUCUCGUUACGACAUCAAUGUAAUCAGAAAAUUUCUGUUUAAAAAAAUUGAAUCGGCGGAAUUAGACGAGGAAAACGAGACUACUGGUUUUGAAUUUGUCAUUAAAAGGAAUAGUGCGUAUAUGUGUCUGAAAACACCCCGGCUUAAAUUUCUUGAUAUUAUAAACUAUUUGGCGCCUGGCUUCAGUUACGAUCAAUUCUUAAAAGCAUACGACUGCACCGCUCAAAAAGGAUGUUUUCCUUACGAAUGGUUUGACAGUGUCGAUAAACUUGAUUCUGAUUCAUUGCCCUCGCACGAAGCAUUUUAUAGUUCGCUUCGUAAUUCUAACAUUACUGACGCUGAAUAUGAACGCUGUCUUUCUGUCUGGCAAAACCAAAACAUGCAGACGUUCCGCGACUAUUUAAUUUGGUAUAAUAAUUUAGAUGUGGAGCCCUUUGUUGAAGCUGUGGAGAAAAUGUUUGAAUUUUAUCAGCCAAAGGGCUUAGAUCUAUUUAAGGAUGGUAUAUCCGUCCCCGGCCUAGUGAUGAAGUCUCUUUUCUCUGGACUUGCUGCCAACACAUAUUUUACUCUUUUUCAAGAACGUGAUAAAGAUCUAUAUUAUACUUUCAAAAAUAACAUUGUAGGAGGGCCAUCCAUUAUUUUUAAUCGCUAUCAAGAAAAAGAUAAAACCUUCAUUCGGGGAGGUAAACCUUGUAAGCGAGUCUGGGGGGCUGACGCAAAUGCGUUAUAUCUUUGGGCAUUGGCACAGGACAUGCCAUGCGGUUACUACGUUAGACGAAAGGCCGAAAGCAAUUUUAAAAAAGAAGAAUAUUUCAACAAAGCUAGCGUUGAGUGGUUAGAUUACGUCGCUGACCGCGACGGAUUAGAUAUCCAGCAUGCACAUAACGUUGGGGAAAAAAAAAUUGGUAGAUAUUUAGUUGACGGUUUUGACACCACUAACAAAACGGUGUAUGAAUUCAAUGGCUGCUAUUUUCACGGGCAUGCUUGUGAAAUGAAUAACAAUGACUUUAAUGAAAGAGUAGGAGUUCCAAUGAGCAUCCUAUUUGAACGUACAAUUGAGCGUAAACGUUAUUUGGAAGAUCGCGGCUUUACUGUAGUCGAUAUUUGGGAAUGUGAGUACAAGCAAAUGCGUAAGACAGACGAGGGCUUAAAGCUUUUUCGACAAAAUUAUAUUCAGAGUUUGGAUGUACGAACGACUAUGUCGGAAAACGAAGUUUUGUCUAAAAUAACAGAGGGUGAGAUAUUUGGGGUUGUUGAAUGCGACAUUCACGUACCCGAGGAUAAAAAAGAUAAAUUUUCUGAAAUGUGUCCAAUUUUCAAGAAUGUUGAUAUUCCUUUUGAAGCUAUAGGUGAGCACAUGCAAAAUUUCGUUGAACAAAACCGACUAAGUAAAAAACCUAGACGAGGGCUUAUAGGAAGCAUGUUUGGCAAUAAAAUUUUAUUAACAACACCCCUUUUACGCUGGUAUAUCAAACACGGCUUAAAAGUCACCAAAGUGUAUGAAGUUAUCGAGUACACUCCUAAAAAUUGUUUCACCGGAUUUGCUGAUGAAGUUAGUAAUGCACGUCGGGAGGGAGACUGUGACCCUUCAACAGCGGUUAUAGCCGAGACGAUGAAAUUACAUGGAAAUUCUGGAUACGGCAGAACGCUAACUAACAAGGAAAAUCAUUUAGACGUGCGGUACUGCAAUGAGGCAAACAGUGGCCUGGCUGUGAAUGAUUCUCACUUUAGGAAAUUAGAUAUAAUCGACGAAAAUUUUUACGAAGUCAGCAAAACUAAGAAAUCGAUUAGCAUGAAUUUGCCUGUUCAAAUAGGCUUUUUCGUUUACCAGUACGCAAAACUUCGCAUGCUUGAGUUUUAUUACGAUUUCAUGGAUAAAUUUAUAGACCGUUCCGAUUUCGAGUACUGUGAAAUGGACACCGGACUCGGCCUACGUUGCACUCUCCGGUGAGAGUGUUGAUGACCUCAUCAAACCUGAACUCCGAGCUGAGUACGAACAGGUAAAAUUUGCUUGGUUUCCGCGGGAUUAUAACGACGAGGUUAGCGCUUUUGACCGACGCACCCCGGGGUUAUUUAAGACCGAAUUCCAGGGCGACGGAAUUAUUGGGCUCUGCAGUAAGAUGUAUUUUUGCUUCAACGAAUCAAAAGCUAAGUUCAGCUGUAAGGGGGUGAAUAAGUACACAAAUGCGAUCGACAAAGACACCUAUUUGCGUGUUCUUCGCACCAAAGCAACAGGUGCCGCAACAAACAGAGGUUUUCGCGUUAGGGGUAGCAGUGUUUUCACUUACACUCAGGUGAAAAAUGCCUUUGCUUACUUUUACGGUAAGCGGAAAGUGCUAGACGAUGGCGUCAGCACCUCAUAUUUAGACAUAUGA